ACCAAGCACCUACUUACUUAUAAAACCAAUAAUGUUCGAGUUGCAACCCAUCCUCACCAAAUCAUCAUGCAUCCGGGGGCGUACAAGACCAGACUGUUAUUGGAUCUCACUCGUCUUCUACUCCUUCCCUCCCUCGCCCUCACCACCCUCCUCCGUCUGUCCGACAUUCACCUUGGUUGGAUUCUAACACUUCCGUGUCAUUUGUUUUUCAUCGUCGCCUGGGCCUUUUGUAAAGGUCAAAUUACUCGUCUGGUUCAUGCAAGAGCCAGAUACCAACUAGGAGCAAAGGAAAUACCCUGUGUGGUUGGAAAAUGGCCAGGAAACAUCGACGUACUACUGAGAAUGAUGAAAACCUUUGGCACCAGCUACAUCCUCGACGUGUAUCUGAAAUUGUUCGAAGAGUAUCAAUGCACGACGUUGAACACUAGAAUUCUUUGGUCCGACAACAUCAUCACAAUGGACCAGGAACACUCGAAAUUCAUCAUGGCCACCGGUUUUAAUAAUUUCUGGAGAGGAAAUUCUCAGAAAGAGAGAAUGGAAAAAUUCUUGGGACAAGGUAUCUUCAAUCGAGAUGACGAGAUGUGGCGUAUGCAUCGUUCCAACACCCGCCCGUUCUUUGCCCGCGAACGCAUAUCAGAUUUCGAAUGUUUCGAAAAAUACUCUUCCCGUACCUUGUCCAUCAUAACAGACGCUCAAUCCGUCUCCGAUAUACCUGUCCCUGUUGACGCUCAAGACCUCUAUUCUCGUUUCACGAUUGACGCUGCCUCCGAUUUUCUAUUCGGAAAGAACCUCGAUACGCUCUCUGGGUCCUUGCCUACUCCAGGAAAGACGACAAUGAGUCCGAAAGGCUCUGCUAGUACGACUGAGGACUCUUGGGGAUCCUUUGCCCAUGCGUUUGAGAUGGCACAGCAAGUGGUCACUUCAAGAGGCCGACUCGGGUAUUUCUGGCCGUUGUUUGAGCUAUUCAAGGAUAAGAACCAGAAGAACGGAAAGGUUAUUCAUGAUUGGUUGGAUCCUCUCGUGGAAGGCGCGCUCUCAGAAAAGGCACGGAUGAAGAUUGCAGGUGUCGAUCGUCCUAUUGGAGAGAAAAACUUUCUUCAACAUUUGACCGAGAGCACUGAUGAUCCAGUCAUUAUCCGUGAUCAACUACUCAGCCUUCUUCUCGCAUCCAGAGACACGACUGCGUGCUUAUUAACUUAUGUGACAUAUUUUAUGGCUAUCCACCCUGAAGUAGCGGAAAAACUCCGAGCCGAAGUUCUCGAACACUGUGGGCCUGAACAUCCUCCCACGUACGAACAGAUACGAAAUCUCAAAUACAUGCGCGCCGUAAUAAACGAAACCCUCCGAAUAUUCCCCCCCGUCCCGCUCAACGUCAGAGAAUGUCGUCACUCGUGUACCUUACCUCCCUCUGAUCCCACCUACCACCAACCCUCAGUAUCGCCCCCACCAUCACCAUCAUCAUCAUCUAGCCACCAUCACCAUCACCAUCACCACCACCACCACCACCGCCAAGACUCAGACCCAAGACCGAUGUAUGUUCCAUCAGGAACCCCAUUGAUGUUUUUCCCGCUCUUGAUCCAACGAAACAAAGCCCUUUGGGGUGCCGAUGCAGAUAAAUUCGACCCUGAGAGAUGGAUUGACAGAGGCAGAGUGGCGAGGUUUGUUGAGAACCCGAUGAUGUUUAUGCCAUUCAGUGUUGGGCCACGUAUAUGCGUAGGACAGAAUUACGCGUACAACGAAGCGUCGUAUUUCCUCGUUAGACUUUUACAACAAUACGAUUCCUUCACACUCGCACCGGAAGCUCAACCGAGUGGGUCACUCCCUCCGGAUGAGUGGAAGUAUAAAAAGGGCCGUCAAGCGGAGGAAAAGCUGUGGCCUGGGGCUGCGUUGACGCUUUAUGUCAAGGGCGGUUUGUGGGUUAGAUUCCAUAAAGCCUCUUCAUGACCAUGAUGUUGCAGUUCCUGCUUAUUCAGCGUUGUAUUCUGUAUCUAUAUCCCCGAGGUUAUUUAUUCAGAGCAACAAUGUAUCAUUAACCAAGAAAAAAAGGAUUAACGGAAUCCCAUUACAA